CACAAAAAGGUCGAAAGAUAGAGGCCAGCAGUAGCAGGUCCAUGCCAACAUGACACGAGGGAACUAAACAAUCUCGCUCUAACUUUUAACCCAAUCACCAGGUAUCGAUCCUUCAGUAGUCCUCCUUCAAUCCUCAAGAUUUGCAACUGUGUGCGCUCCGGAGAUAAGGGAACGUAGGGAGAAAGAUGAAGCUCUCCUUCAAUCUUCGAGAUGAGAACCAGAGAAGCCCACUUUUCAAGGCCAAAAUACCCGUCACUGUAUUCAGCCAACCCUUCACGUCUACGGUCUCUGCCAAUCUCAACACGCCUCAAGAUCCAUCCUUUUCUGUCUCUACAAACUAUUCUUCUGGUCCUUCUGCAAGACUCUCUUACUCUGCCUCCACCACUACAGUCGCACCUUUCACUCUCUCCCUCAAGUCUGGUUUAGGCCUCUCUGGCUCUCCACGCAAUUCCCCUCUCAUCUUCUCUGCCCACUUCUCUCUUUCCUCCACAAACCCAUCUACUAUCACCUCCGCCUUCUCUAUCCACUUCAAGCCCCAAUUCGGUCACUUCUCUCUUCUCAAGACCACAUCUUCUAACCCCAACCCUAACUCUAAACCAAAUUCUGGAUCCCACACAAUUCCCGAGGCUAAUUCGGAUUCUGGGUCACGUUCAAAUGGUCAGUUUGGAGAUGGGCUUGUGCGAGAUGGUUGGCAGGAGGUAAAGUUAGAACCUUGUGGUGGCAAUGACAAUGGUGAUGUAAACGCUAAUUCUGAUUAUACUGGAAUUGGCCCAAUUGGGUUUAUGCCAGAGAGGUCAUUGGUGUCUAGGGACGGUAAAAAUCUAUGGUCUUCGAGAGGAGUAGCUAUUAAGGCUAGGACAGUGUUGCCUGUGACAAAUCGGGUAGCAAUGAAUUUGAGGUGGGGAUUGAAUUUACCUGCAGAUUUGAAGGGGAAAGUUCCGUACUUGACUUUGGAUAAGAUUGGUAUAGUGAGGGUGGAGGAGGUGAAAGAGGUGAAAACAAUAACGAAUAAGAGUGAUGUGGGCGAUGUGGAGUUGUUGAAGGGUAUGUACCUUUGGAUGAAAAGGGACUUGGAGGUUUUGGAGAAGGAAAAUAUGGAGAUGAGGCAGAGUUUGGAGGGGUUGAGAUCGGGAAUUUCAUCCAGGAAGUCGUAUGGGGAGAGUAAUGGUGGUAGAAAGACAACAUUACCACCUCCUAAUGAGAAUAUGGGGGAGUUUGAUCAAUGGAGGAGCAAAAGGAAUGGGGAAGCAAUGCCAACUCCUAAUCACAGUUUGCAUCACUUUGAGCAGUGGAGGGGCAAAAAGAAUGGUGAAGGCAGCGCCCAAAGAGAGUCAAAGAAGCCUGCCAAUCAGGUGACUGAUCUGGAAAGUGAGUUGCAGAAGGCUAUCAAGGCUGCUUCCUUGUAGACCAGGUUUGGGAUGUUUGAAUGUAUUAUGUAUGGUUUGCUUGCUUCUUCUUAAUAUGUAUAUAGCAGCUGAUCUUUUGUCAAGAAACUAUUUCCCUAAUUUAUUUAGGGUAGCAGAGGCAUAGAUAGUAUAGCGGGGUUGUUGAUGCAAACCUACUUGGUGGCAUUAAUAAUCCAGUGUAAAAUAAUGUAGCCUACGCUGUUGGUUUCAUCAUCCAUAUAUCUUUAUUUCACUUGCAACAACACUUGAACAAGUUAAUGAACUUUUGUUGUCAGCAUUGGCUUAUAUUUAAAUUUUGAAAA